AUGGCAAAAACUAAAAGAUCGAUGCCUUCGGUUCCCAGGGAACGACCCGACACACGAGUCGCCACUAGAGAAGAAGUAAAAGAAUUUCUUACAAUCUAUAAAAUCACAUCUCCACCAUCUUUUGAUGAGAUCAUUAAGGAUAUGAAAACCGAAUUUGUCCAAAACGAUGGCCAUAUAAAAAGACCGCCGAAUCCAUUUUUAGUUUUUCGUAAAACUGCGAACUUGAGAGCGGUAGAAUUGGGCCUCAAAUCUAUGGAGCAAAAUAAGUUUCAAACAAAAUUCUCUAAGCUUCUGGGCAGAGUAUGGCAAGCUUUAUCAAAAGAAGAGAAGGAAGGAUAUUAUAAAUUGGCCGAAGAAAUAAAGAUGAAGCACAAAGAACAAUUUCCUCUUUAUGAAUUCCACCCCAAGAGGGAUAAGUCGAUAUUUAGAAUUUAUAAUCAUACGGAAAAAACCGAAGACGAUAUUGAGGAAUCAUCUUCUGUAAAGCAUGUAUAUGAUUAUGGUUAA